AAAUGGUCCAUCACAAGGAAUCUCAAUUCAGAAAUAAAUACGCAAAGAAUGUUUUUAUCUUAAUAACUGAUCCCAACUUUGAGUGUCCAACCCGCAUGCAUUGGGGACACAGUGUAAGAAAGAACUUGAAUUUGCCGAAUAAAAAUGUCUUAAAUCCUGUCUGAUCAUUUUUGUGGGUUCAUUAGACAUUUGUCAUCUCUGGUUUAAAAAUUAUCCUGUCCAAAGGGUAAAAUCUUCUACCUUCAAUUUCAGCCAGAAUUACUUAGCUAUUGAACCGAGUUGCUUUCUCUUUCCCUUUUGUAUUUUCAUCCUUCCUGCCUUUCCCCCAGAGAGGAAACGGAGGGAGGGCUGGUGGUAGACUUCUGAUAAUGUGAUUGAUGGCACGCUGAUUUCCUGAUGCUGACUUUGUCGGGGAGGCACACCAUUUUCCCUUCGGGUGCUUUUGGUACAUGUGUGAGUGGGUCCCCCUGUAUGUUUCUUAAUAACGUGGAUCUUUAAAAUACUUUCUUUAAAUGCCAGAGGCGGUCUCCGUGUGUUUCAUUAACACCUCCGUCCUUCAUGGUCUCUUGGGUAAUGGGUUGAUUUCCUCCAACAUCUGCAAUACCUUCAGAUGCCUGACCAGGAGCAUCAGGUCAGCCUGAUGAGCUUCCUGGCUCUAUGGACCAUCAAGCUUCAGUUAAGCAAUUUUCAGGUGAGUACUUUUCACUCGGAAACCCUUCAGAUGGUGAAGCUUUGUAUGAGACUUCUGCAGGCAAAAGCACUUUAAGCGAGCACGCUUCAGGCAAGCACGCUUCAGCUGAACAUGCUUCAAGUGAGCACACUUCAAGUGAGCAUACUUCAGGUGAACUUGCUUCAGGUGAACACACUUCAGGUGAGCAUGCUACGGGUGAACACACUUCAGGCAAACACGCCACAGGUGAGCACACUUCUGGUGAACAACCUUUGGGUGAACAGCCUUCUGGUGAAAAGACUUCACGUGAACAGGCUUCUGGUGAACAGGCUUCUGGUGAAAAGCCUUCCGGUGAACAGGCCUCAGCUGAAAAGCCUUCAGGUGAACAGCCUUCCGGUGAACAGGCCUCAGUUGAAAAGCCUUCAGGUGAACAAGCUUCCGGUGAGAAACCUUCUGGUGAACAGGCUUCAGAUGAACAAGCUGCAGCUGAACAGGCUUCAAGUGAACAGGCUUCAGGUGAAAAGCCACUGGGUGAACAGCCUUCAGGCAUUCCACCUUCAAGCACAUUUUCAGGCCCAAUAUUAAAUUGCCACACAUGCUCGUAUAUGAAUGAUCAAGGAAAAUGUCUUCAUGGAGAGGGAGUCUGCUCCACUCGGAAUUCCCAGCAGUGCAUGUUAAAGAAGAUCUUUGAAGGUGGAAAACUCCAAUUCAUGGUUCAGGGGUGCGAGAACAUGUGCCCAUCUAUGAACCUCUUCUCCCAUGGAACCAGGAUGCAAAUCAUAUGCUGUCGGAACCAAUCUUUUUGCAACAAGACCUAGAAGCCUGUGCCCUUGCUUCCUGCCCUGACUCAGGCAGCAAAAAUUCUCCAUCACCCUACAGGGCUCAAUUUAUAUUUUGUUUCUUCCCAGUCAAUAACUAGUCACAUCUGCUCUGCCUGAGCGUCAGACAGGAUGUUCAAAUACCUCACCUUUCCUCUCCUAUCCAUGCCCCGUUACCCAUUCUUCUCUGUCAUCUGUCUUCCCUUAUCCCGUCUCUCCACAUUCUUUUCUUUUCUCAAUAAAUUCUGCAUGGUCAAGAAUAUAGACUGGAGACGGACUUCUUUUCCCAUCAGCCAGUUGCAGGGUCAGCCUGAGCUUGCUUCCUCUCCACACACUACAGUGGAUGUGUUUUAAAUCCCUCCACAUUCAUCAAAGUGGAGGGGUCCCCCAGGGCAG